CCCUCCCCAGCCACGCUUCCAAACUCACUGCAUUAGUGGCGUGGACUUCCGCGGAGGCACUGUGCCAGGGCAAAACUCAAUCGGCUGACGGCGCUUAAGAGCCUUCAAUGCUCUCGAAGAAGCUGGCAGGGCCGCCCGGCAGUGGCGCCGGUGUGCAGGGGACGUUUGGUUGCGAUCGCAGCUACUCCGGGACACGGCGCCAGACGACCUAAAAGCAAGCAGAGGCGCAGCAGAGGCGCAAGUGAGCAGGCCACGAGAGAACACGCCCGGCCUUCCGGUUGAGUGGCCAGCAGCACGGCGCUCUCCUGGGCUGUGGCCUGAGGCGUUGCCCCGUUCCCGAAGGCUCUGGGCCCCGAGAGGCAGCUCAAGGUCAGGCCGGCGGAGCGAGGGACGGCGGCUGCAGCCCGCUCCCAACGGAACCACGCACUCUCGCCCGCCCCCGACACAACGCGCUUGCGCGACCGCCGCGCCGAAACAAGCCGAUCCGAUUCGGGGCUCCGGUGGCGGGACAUGCCUCAGGACGUACCUGCGGCCGUUGCCAUGGCGGCAGCGGCGGGGUGGGAGGGGAAGGGAGUCUCUGCCGGCGGGCUAAGACCCUUGCUUCCCCUGCGCGCACGCGCGUAGGUGUACCGCAGCCGCACUGCCCUACGCAAGGGAUGACGGUGGCAAAGGGCGACGAGAAGAGGGUGAGGAAACGUAGUGCCGGCUCCGCUCCACGUGAUCCGAUGCACCCAGUCAAUAAGGCGACGGUACAUCCUGCGCAAGCUCAGGUCCCAUCGUGUGGCGAGCCGGGCUUCUGGCGCUGCGGGAGCCGAUGUGAUGGGUGGGGUGGCGCGGAGGAGAGGCGAGCCCCGGGCAGCCGAGCGCUCUUGGGCAGCCCCGUGCGACAUAAUCGUCAGGGCGGGAGCACCUCUGUUGCUGUGGACGGGGCAUUCCUCCUCUGCGGGUGCCACGGAGCUUUCAGGGACAGAGCUGGGGAAAGCCGCGGAGGGAGGCGCUGCAGAGCUUGUAUCCUGGUGUAUUCUUUCUCCACUUCGCAGCUCCCAGUGCUGCUCUGGUUUUGUGUUGGUCCCCGCGGCCCUGUUUGUAGGUCGUGGAGAAGCUGUUUUAGGAUCGGGUACUGCAUCCCGGAGGGGUGGUCCUCAGAAGACCGCAGGCGCUCGUCGGGAGAACGCCUGCUAGUUAGCCCUGCAGGUCCUGCAUGCUGCAUUGCGCCUUCCUAGCAGCAAGACCUGGCCGAACAUGCAGCAGCUCUGUGUAGCGCAGCAUGUGCUCCUAGGCAUGCUUUUCAUUCACCAGAGGUGCCUCGGGGUCUUACGCCAUGUCACUGCGUGGGAGCUGGCAGACGACUCUUCCAGGGAGGUGCUGAUGGAGGUUGGUAACCUGCCAGUGGAGCUGUGGCAGCUCAUCUUAGCCUGCCUAUGCCUCCCUGACCUGGACUGCAGCAGCUUGGUCUGCAGGGCCUGGUACGAGCUCAUCCUGAGCCUGGACAAAAUAGGAGGCGGCUCUGCCUGGGGCUGCCUUGAGCACAGAUACCCCAACUGGUGUAACCAGCCUGUGGAGCCACAGUCCUGGAUAGAGGCCUUCAAACAGCACUACCUGGCCUCCAAAACCUGAACCAAAACCAUGCAGGAGUCCUCCGGCUGCGUCUCGCUCUUUCAGAGGAGGAAGAGCUGGUGCCAGCUCUGUGUUAGCAUAGCUGCUGAGUUCAGCAUGCUCCAGGCAGCCCUUGCCACCGCCAGCCCCUUUGUGCUACUGCCUGGUGCACAUGAGGAGCAGAGCGAGGUGCUGCUGAAGGCGCUUGGAGGGCUGUACAAACUGGGGGAUGUGGCACUGCUGGCAAGCAUUGACCAGCACUGUCACAUAGCUCACUUCUGCAAUGUAGUCUUCAUGCUGUCCCACUUCUCGGUGCUCUAUAAGACAAGCUCAGGCUAUGUCCAGUUAGACAGUUGCAAAUUUGAAAGUGGGCAGCUGCAGAUCCAUGCACUAGGGACAUGCCAGGUGAAGUUCUGCACCUUCAAUCAGUCCAGCAUCUACCUCCACAGCAUGGCCCUCUGCAUCCUGGAGAGCUGUAAGUUCACCAGAAGUGAGAAUACCUCUGUAACUGUGGAGGGCUGCCCAAGCUUUGACUGUAACUGGGCCUGCAAGCAUCUGGCCAUGCUGGCCAAUCCCAUGCAGUGUUCAUAUGGGAGCCUGACCCAGCUGGCUGCCCUUUGGCCAAGCAGGACGGCUCUGGGGGAAUCACUGCUGGGGCCAGAAGGCAUUGGAUUCAGAGACAACUUGCAGGCAGCAAAGGAGGAGGAAUCCCCAGCCCUCAACUCAAACUCUAGUGACAGUGACUUGAACAGCGACAAUGCAGAGGAUGCUCAGGCUGCCUACAGACUGCCCUAUCAAGCUUGCAGUCUGAGUGACAUAAUUGCUAAUAUUAUGGACAGCAGGCUUCAAAGCAACAGACUGCACACCCUUCAGAGGGACCUUAAACCCAAGUCUCUAAAGCAGGAGCUGCAGCAGGACAAGGAGGCCAAGUCUUUGGCCAACUCUCUGCAAGGCUGCAUCAUCUGACAGUGCCUUUUCAGGGAUGGGAAGGGAGGACUACUCAUCUAUUCACAAGGGUGAGCAAAACUGGAAGGAAGCAUCUUCAGGGAUCUUACCUACGCAGCAUGCUGCAUACAGAACAGUAAGGUGCUGUGAAGACUGCUUUUGCUCAGCAGCCUGGUUUUAACUGGUGACAAAUGGGAGGAAGAUGAGGCCAGCCCAGCUGCUGCUCUCAUUUGGUGCUUCCUACUGUGCCUCUGUGCAAGAUACUGGGCUGGGACUGCUCAGAGUGUCCCAGAGGACUCCUCUCCUGUUCUCAUGUGCAAUAAGAUACACAGCGGCCUUUGCUCAGGCAUUGUCAUUGUUGGCAACAAAAAAGGCAUUAUCCAUAGCAAUCAGAUCUAUGGAAAUAAAGAAGCUGGCAUUUAUAUUCAGUAUAAUGGAAACCCUGCUGCACGUGGGAACCGCAUUUUCCAGAGACUGGCUGCUGGAAUAGUAGUGAAUAGUAACAGGUGAGGCCAGAUCACAGGGAAUGUCAUCUACAAGAACCAGUGGGGUGGAGCAGAUAUGUUUUGGGGUGACCCAGUCCUCAAGAACAACUUCAUCUCUUACAGCUGGUUGGACAGCGUGGUGAUGGGAAAGCAUGGAAAGGGCCUCAUUGAAGGGAACACCAUUUACGACAGCAAGGGCUGUGGCGUGUGGAUGAUGUCCUUCAGCCUCCCACACCUCAUCAGCCACCAGAUCUGCCACAACAGCAUCUACGGGGUGGUGGUGUUCUGCCACAAGGAUGCUGGUUACUAUCCCCCUGGUCAGGGGCGCUAUGAGAGUUUACAGGGGGAAAGGGAAGGUGCUGGAGGGGAGAACGACCCUGAGAGUGAGGAGUAUCCAGCUGUCCACCGUCACAUCAGUGUGGCACUGGUGGAGUUGAACAGCAUCAACUACAAUGGAGCUGCUGGCUUGCAUGUUAAGAGCAGCAAAGUACACAAUGUCAUUGCCAGUGUCAUUCAUGCCAACCAUGAUGGCAAGGUGGUGGCGAUGCAGAGCAGCCAGCUGACAUGUGUUGCCAGCAACAGCAUUUCCUGUAACAGCUGGGGAGGCAUGUUGGUGGAGCCUGAGUGCCAGGUGGAGAUACAUAGAAAUGACAUCUACAAGAACUGCAGCCACAGCAUUGUCUCCAGGGGAGAGGGCAUCAUCACAGAGAAUGACAUCACUGGACCAGUGUGGUCCUCAGCUGCCCAAGGCAGCAGAUAUGAAGUGACCAAGAACAGGAUCCAAUCCUUUUGGAGCUAUGGGAUUGCUGUCUUCAAUGAAGCCAGAGUCAUGGUGCAGGAAAACAUCACUUUCCAAGGGAAAUCCAUUUUGUGGCCAAUAUAAAAUGCAGAGGAUUGCAUCAUCCAAAACAACAUGCUUCUCGCCUUCAAGAAAACUACCUUUGUCUUUGUGCCAGUAGAGAGAAUUCAUGGUGGUCUUCAGAGGUUUAAUAUGGAGUGUAUGCUGAUCAAUCCUCCAGCAUGCCCUCACAUUGGAGGAGGUGUGCUGGGGUCCUGCACGGUGACUGGAGGUCAGAGGGUUUCCAGCAUAACCACCAGAGUAGAUGGGGGCUGCCACAAUCACGGGAGCAUCUUCUACACCACUCUUUGA